CUCGGGUGGGUGGGCAGAUGUUUGCCACUCACAGAAGCAGUCUGACUGAGUUGCGUGUGAGCCAUGGUGGCCGCCACCUCAGCCGACAACAGAGUAUCCCUUCGGAACCCCUACAGGUGCCCAAGGUGGGCAGCAGUGGACGCAGGAGCAGCAGUAGCAGUGGCCGGCUCCUGUCACUCUCCUUCAGUGAAAGCAUGCGAAGUGAAAUCGACUGCUAUCUGUCUGAGCAGAGUCUGUGCUCACUGCGCCAAGACAGAAGUAAUCACGCCGAUCUGAAGGGGCUAAGAGAGGUGCGGGCAGCCGCUCAGCUCAAGAAUCUGGAGGACUUCCUAAGGAGCAAUGAUGUGUCUCUGCAGGAUUGUGUGGCCUAUCAUACAGGCAUGAAGUACAGAAACCUUGGAAAGUCUGGCUUACGGGUGUCAUGUCUAGGGCUAGGCACAUGGGUAACUUUUGGAGGUCAAAUCACAGAUGAGACAGCAGAGCAGUUAAUGACACUGGCAUAUGAAAAUGGGAUCAACCUGUUUGACACAGCUGAGGUGUAUGCUGCGGGCAAGGCCGAAGUGGUUCUUGGCAGUAUCAUAAAGAAAAAAGGAUGGAGACGCUCCAGUUUGGUUAUUACCACCAAGAUCUACUGGGGUGGAAAAGCCGAAACAGAAAGAGGAUUGUCAAGAAAGCAUAUAAUAGAGGGUCUGAAAGCAUCUUUGGAGAGACUGCAGUUAGAAUAUGUGGAUGUAGUAUUUGCUAAUAGACCGGACUCCAACACACCGAUGGAAGGAAAUCCAUUUAACACCUCAAAAACAAGAACAUUCAUCAUAGAAGAGACAGUGCGAGCCAUGACCCAUGUGAUUAACCAAGGAAUGGCCAUGUACUGGGGCACAUCUCGCUGGAGUGCAAUGGAGAUCAUGGAAGCAUACUCAGUGGCACGGCAGUUUAACUUGAUAGCCCCGAUCUGUGAGCAGGCAGAGUACCACAUGUUCCAGAGGGAGAAAGUAGAGGUUCAGCUGCCUGAGCUCUUCCACAAGAUAGGUGUGGGUGCCAUGACAUGGUCCCCUCUGGCUUGCGGGAUAAUCUCAGGGAAGUAUGAUAGUGGUGUGCCCCCUUCCUCACGUGCUUCUCUGAAGGGCUACCAGUGGAUGAAGGACAAGAUCCUGAGUGAGGAAGGCCGGCGUCAGCAGGCGAAGCUGAAAGAGCUGCAGGCCAUCGCAGAGCGGCUUGGCUGCACGCUGCCCCAGCUGGCCAUCGCGUGGUGUCUAAGGAACGAGGGAGUGAGCUCUGUGCUGUUAGGCGCAUCCAGCACUGACCAACUUGCGGAGAACAUAGGAGCCAUCCAGGUUCUAUCAAAGUUGUCAUCCUCAAUCAUUCAUGAGGUGGACAGUAUUCUAGGAAACAAGCCAUACAGUAAAAAGGACUACAGGUCCUAAAGGGAGGCUUUCUCUGCUCACUGUCCUUUUGCUCCUACAUCUGCUUGAGCUUUAACUGAAUGAGACUUUGAGGCUCAUGGGACCGGACCUGGCACAGUUGCAGUUUGUGCUGGAGAUACCAACUCACACUCAAUAGAGUCUUCUGAUUCAGCUAGGAAGAAUUAACUGUCUUCAGAAUGGCAAUGUCUUGUUAGUUAGACAAAAUCAGCUGGACCAGCUCAACAGAAUGCUCCUUUAAUCCACAGAGGCACCUCUGAAACAUGCACGCUCCUUGACUCACUUGCUUUUCCCCCCUUUGAGGCAUCUUCUAGUAAACACAUAGGAUUCCAGAGAAAGUCUGUACACAUUCAAUAACUGCAUGUGAUUCCCAGGCCUAGACACAUGCUUUUUUGUCCUUUCCCUUGGAAAUAUAACCAUUUUAAAAGUGCUUUUGGAAGAUAGUUAGCGUAUAAUUUCUAAGAGCAUUGGUUAUGUAGUUCAGCCACUGACAAAGUUGUCAGGGAAUUAAACAGUGCAAUUGUGACGGUCAGUUAAAUAGAAAUUUCAUGCUUUUCACCAUUUAUUCUUCAAAGGAGAUGGAGGUUGGGUACUUUGGAAAUACUGCAGUUUAACCCUAACAUCUGUAACGAUGCCACAUCGUUUUUACAUCUCUUAGAGAUUCCUGAACAUCUGAUGAUGGGAGUAGAACGUUUUUGAAUUUGUCGAUUUGAAAUUAAGAUUUAAGGUUAAAAUAUAACUACCACAAUUUAUUUAUUAACUAGCUUGACAACUAGCUUCUCUAUAUGUAUAAACACAAAGCUUGGACAGUAACGGCAUUCUCUGUAGUUAGGAAGCAAGUGAACAUCUAAAAUAUUCGCUACUACAUGCACAUUUCUCAGAGUUCACUGAGCGAACACCAAAGAAUUCUUAUUAUGUAUGCAUCCUCCUCUAUUUUACUCUUAUUCUUGCAUAUUGGAAACACAAUACACCCAAAUAUGGAUGCUUAUUUAGUAGGGGCAUAUAAUGUAAAAAUACUCUUCUAUGAAUAUUAGUUGUAAUA